UUUUUCCCAAAACGCCGUCCCGACUCCGGCGCGAACGGCGCAUGCGCGCAGCAACAGGAUGGUGUGUACCGCCGGCGGCGGGCACUCGCGCCGCGCGCGCCAAACGCGCCGCCCGUGCGCCGGUAAAGCCGGGAUCGCAGGUACCCCACCGUAGGGGCGCGAGUCAACCAUGUAACGAUGAUAUUGACAUUCUCAUACUAUCUCGUUCACCCUUACCAGUGAUGUGAUCAUACUGUGCGUGUGUGUUAGUGCGUGCGACAGGGACGCAACUAUACUGUGAUGCGACAGAGACGCAAGUGAUGCCGGGGAGAGAGAGAGAGAGGGAGCGGCGCGGGGGGAACAUGUCGCUCCCUAUGAUGAGGAGUUUCAGUUCGGAGGGGGGGACGGGAAAGCGGGAUUGGAAGUUGCGCUUGAGCCUCCGGAGUCGAAGCGGGCAUAGCGUGGAGGCGCUCCGCGGCCGCCGCUGCGCGUCUCUGCGCGGCGCGCCCCGUGACGACUCCGGUCGCUCGACGCCGGCGCUCGCGCACCGCUCCUCCCCUUCCCCCGCGGGCACGCCCGCCCCCAAGAAAUCCAACUGGGAAGUGAUCGAACACUUCUCAAAAACCAAGAAGAGUCCUACUGCGGUGGAAUCGGAAAGCGGCGCCUCGCCGGCCCUGCCGCUAUGUCCGGCGGGCCGGCCGGAUGUCGACGCGAUACCGCUACUCGGAGAUGACACCACCGUGAACCUAUACUCGCUGGGCUCGCACUCUGAUGAGCCGGAGGGGUGCGGGGCGGGGUGCGCGAGCGCACUCCCCCCGCCCGUCGCCGCGCUCUGUGCGCCCCGCCGUUUCCAUAACCUACACGUGGAGAUGCUAUACCAACGCUACUUUCUCCGCAUGAACCAAACCAACAUGACACACCUUCUGGGACUGCUGCUGGCCGUGUCCAUGGCGCUGAUGCUGUGCCACAUCCGAGGGUUGCUGCUGGCGCAAGAACAGCUCGCUGAGGAGCUGGCUUUAGCUGACAGCAGCUACAACACGCUGAUAGCAGACCUGGAUCUCCUCUACUACGACUCGAACCUCCGGACGACGACGGAGCCGUACGGCGCCAACACGACCAGCGCCUUACGCCGACUGCACUACGAAUACCAGCGUAACGCGCACGCCGCCAACGUCGGCGUGCUAGGCGUCGCCGCUCUCGUUUAUGCAUGCCUGCUGCUCUGCCUCAGCCGGCCCGCAAUAAAUGAGAUCUACCUACUGACCAUCUCGUAUGUCGUCCUUUCGACCUUCCUACUGAUUGAGCUGGCUGUCAUCGGCACCUCCUGCGUCAGGUCAAUGAGCAUCGGCGCCGGCGCCUGCGUGCUCUUCACCUAUCUGACGUACGCGACGUUGCCAGUCCGCCUGCACGAGGCGAGCGUGGCCGGAGUCCUGCUGGCGGCCGUCAACCUAGCUGGCAACCUGUACCUGGCCCGCGACAGCGACUUGCAGAUGUACUGCAACCUGAUCGUGCUGACGGCGUGCAACGUAGCCGGCGUGAUGACGCACCAACCACGAGAGCUGGCGCAGCGACGCGCCUUCUUGGAGACCAGGGACUGUGUCGAGGCGCGCCUGGUGACACAGCGGGAGAACCAGCAGCAGGAACGCCUCCUGCUGUCAGUUCUUCCGCGUCACGUCGCCAUGGAGAUGAAGGCAGACAUCGCCAGCCAGCCGCGCCAGGAGCAGUUCCACAAGAUCUACAUCCAGCGAUAUGAGAACGUCAGCAUUCUGUUUGCUGACAUCUGCGGCUUCACUUCGCUGUCCGACCAGUGCACCGCCGAGGAGCUGGUGCGGCUGCUCAAUGAGCUCUUUGCCAGAUUCGACCGGCUGGCCUCCGAGCACCACUGCCUCCGCAUCAAGCUUCUUGGCGACUGCUAUUAUUGCGUCUCUGGCCUGCCGGAGGCGCGCGACGACCAUGCCAAGUGCUGCGUUGAGAUGGGACUGGACAUGAUCGACGCUAUUGCGCUGGUGCGUGAAGUGAUGGCUGUGAAUGUGAACAUGCGCGUGGGCAUCCACACGGGGCGCGUGCACUGCGUGGUGCUCGGGCUACGCAAGUGGCAGUUCGACGUGUGGUCCAACGAUGUCACGCUCGCCAACUACAUGGAGAGCGGCGGCGUUGCCGGCCGAGUCCACAUCACCAAGGAGACCCUCCAGUGCCUCGGCACCGACUACAAGGUGGAGCCAGGCCACGGAGACCAGAGGAACGCGUACCUCAAGGACCACAACAUUGAGACCUACCUCAUUGUACCGGACGACACCAGCCGAGUGGACAAGAAACCCCAGAACUCUUUCUCCCUCAACGGCAACGUGUCCAAGGAGAUGAGGGUGAUGGGCCACGGAUCACAACACGGCAAGAAUUCGGCCAAGGUGGAGCAAGGGAACGAGUUCAAAAAGCCCGAAGACGAGGUCAACGAGUACCUGAUGAAGGCGAUUGACGCGCGCUCCAUCGACCGCCUGAGAGCCGAGCAUUGCCGACCGUUCACACUGACCUUCCGCGACCAGAAGCUGGAGACAAAGUACACGGCAGAGCGGGACAGGAUGCUGAAGGUGUACUUUAUCUGCUCGCUGGUGGUGUAUGCCGCGGUGACAUUUGUUCAGCUGCUCGCCUUCGACAUUAAUGCCGGAGGUAUUGCAACCGUGUCUAUCUGCGGGGUUGUGGUGCUGUUCAUCAUCUACCUGGUCUUGGCUGCUGGCUUCGAGCACACCAACGCUCACCUGCGCUCCUUCUCACUGAGGAUCCACUCCAACCGGACCCUGGCGCAGGGCAUGUCCUUCGCACUGCUGGGUACCUUGCUGCUGCAAAUCCAGGUGUUGAUGGCGCUGAACAACGGCGGAGCAUCACCAAAGGAGCUAGAUGGCGUUGUCACCUUCUGCCCCUACUCCAUGAAUGAGCACUACCUCCAGCUGACGCUCCUGGCGAUGUUCCUCUGCGCAGCGCACCAGGUCCUCAUCACAUCAGUGAAGACCCUCCUCCUACUCCUGGCCACUGGCGCGUAUGUCACCUUCACGCUGUUGGACUUCUUCCACCCAGCUGAAGUCGUCUGGCAAUGCGUCUCGCUGGACCAGCAGUGGACGAGCGUGGUGGUCGCCAUCGGCGCCGCCGUCGCCCUGAUGCUGCACGCCCAGCAGACGGAGAGCACCUACCGGCUGGACUUCAUCUGGAAACUACAGGCCACUGAUGAGAAGGAGGACAUGGAACACCUGGAAGCGUACAACCGCAAGUUGCUCGCGAACAUUCUGCCGGAGCACGUAGCGCAACACUUCCUCUGCAGCGACAAGAACAUCGAUGAGCUAUACCACGAGCAGUGCGAAUCCGUCUGCGUCAUGUUCGCUUCCAUCCCCAACUUCUCCGAGUUCUACGUCGAACUGGAGGGUAACAACGAGGGUGUGGAGUGUCUCCGUCUCCUCAACGAGAUCAUCGCCGACUUCGACGAGAUACUCGCUGAGGACCAGUUCAAGUAUAUCGAGAAGAUUAAGAGCACUGGUGCUACGUAUAUGGCGGCGUCAGGCCUAACAGCGUCCACCCGAGAUCUCCGCGGCUGCCGCCACGUCACAGCAAUGGCGGACUACGCUCUCCGCCUGCGCGAGCAACUCCAAUACGUCAACGAGCACAGCUUCAACAGCUUCCGCAUCCGGAUUGGGAUCAACAUCGGACCGGUGGUGGCGGGGGUGAUCGGAGCCCGGAAGCCUCAAUACGACAUCUGGGGGAACGCCGUCAACGUGGCUUCGCGUAUGGACUCCACUGGGCUUUUGGACCACAUCCAGGUGACGGAGGAGGUGUACGAUAUCCUGGCCUCGCGGGGGUACAGGCUGCGCUGCAGGGGCACGGUCGAUGUCAAGGGCAAGGGCAACAUGGUGACGUACUUCCUCGAGGGCGUCGGCGAGACCAUCCCGAAUGGCAUCUCGGAUAUUUACAAUAAUCCAACCCCGUCGACAUCUCACGAGUGCUCAGAUGCGCGACCAGCACCAGCUGACCACCGACCCCUAGAGACCCUCUCCGAGGACCACGGCGAGGACGUCUCACCGCGGGCCUCCAUACCAACUGACAGCCAGAACGACUCAGCAACCACACAGAGCCCGCGUCUAGCUGUGUCGCGUGAGUCGAUCGCCUGCGCGGUGCGCGCGCGCGUGCGCAAGAGACUGGAGCGACCCGCGUCAUUGGCUGAAUGCCCCACGCUGCCCGUCCUGCUCUCCGUGCUGCAGGCCAGGGCGCAAUCAACUGACUUCCGCGUCCCAACAUCGCACAGCAGCGGCGACAUCGAAGCUCUGAUCAAGCCGCGGCGCUCCGCCAGCUUCGCCGACUUCGUCCGCCGCAAGCCGCGGGUAAACAUCAUCGAGAACCCUAUGGUCGUCAGCCCGCUGCCCAACGACACCCCCAGCCCGGAUAGCCCAGCGACGGCUGAUAAUGUCAUCCUCACUGUCGCACAGACGCAUUAA